AUGGCCCAGCAAGUCGAUCGCACCGCCACCAAUGGCUGGGGCUCGACGCCUUCGCAGCGCCACUAUAUUAACCAUGCCCAAGCCUUGCAGGUCCUUAAUGCCGGCAUCAAGCGUGCGGAGGCCAUAGGUGUACCGCAAAACAUCGCCGUGCUCGAUCCGUCGUCGUGGCUGGUGGCGUUUGUCCACAUGGAUAAUUCUUUCCUUGGAAGUAUUGACAUCUCCCAGAAAAAGGCCAAAACCGUGGUGCUCUACAACGGCAUCCCCAACAACGCGUUGCAGAACCGCAGCGAGCCGGGCGGUGAUCUCUGGGGUAUCCAGGAAACCAAUGGCGGGACGGUGGUCUUUGGCGGGGGUCAGCCGAUCUUCGACCCGGACGGGUACUUCAUUGGUGCCGUGGGCGUGAGCGGAGGCACCGUGGACCAGGACAUUGAUGUGGCGGUGCACGCGGCGGAGAGUAUUGGCACGACUGCCACCUUGCCGUCGUCGUGA